ACAAUGAACCGCUCAAAAGUGCCGUUAAUUAAAAAGCCGUCUUAAAUGGCUAGUAUUCAGGUUGUCAUGAAUAUUGUUGAGUAAAUUUUGAGUGAACUGGUUUUCACAUGUGCUAACAUAGGUAAGCCUACCUUCAAGCUUACCACUCCAUAUUUGGCGGAAACACUGAAAGUGAGCAAUCUUAAUUGUAAUCAUUCUAAGCAAGGUGGUUCUAACCCUAAAUGUUUAAAUUUUAAAGGUUAUGCGCUUAAUGUACUAGAACAAAAAGCUUGACAUCUUUAAUAUUGAAAGAACUCAAAAUAGUUUCAAUAUCUAUAGAAGUUCGUAUCAAAUAGGCCACACUUCGUCAACAGAAACCAGAACUUUGAAAGUGAGAGGAAAGAUAUAGAAAGCACAACAUUCUUGAUAUUCAUAAGGUUCAUUUUUAUUAUACAUGUAUAAUAGGUAUAAUAAAAAUAUUUACACAAACCCGAAUCUAUAUUAAACACAAAUAAUCGCAUUUCCUGUCAUGUAAUUAAUUUUCAUUUCAGGUUGUAAAAUCAAAGCUCUUCGCGCAAAGACGAAUACUUACAUAAAAACACCAGUUCGUGGUGAAGAACCAGUUUUUGUAGUUACUGGUCGUAAAGAAGAUGUGGCUAAAGCCAAGCGAGAAAUAUUAUCUGCGGCGGAACAUUUUAGCUUAAUACGUGCUACACGCAAGCCAUUAACAGAAAACAACAGUGAAACAGUAAAUAAUAGUAUGGAUGGAAAUAAUUGUGGAUCAAAUGGCUUUAGGAAGGUACCGCCUGGACCACAGUUUAUACCAGGUCAGGUAACUAUACAGGUCAGGGUGCCCUAUCGAGUUGUUGGUUUAGUGGUAGGUCCUAAAGGCACAACUAUUAAACAUAUUCAGCAUCAGACACAGACAUAUAUUGUUACACCAUCUCGCGAUAAAGAGCCAAUAUUUGAAGUUACUGGUUUACCUGACAACGUUCAAUCAGCACGCAAACAAAUUGAAGCUCAUAUUGCCCUUCGUACAGGAACUUUACCUACGUGUGGUGGGAACAGCAACAGUUCUGUUAUACUGUCAGGCUCAACAAAUGAUGUGCUAGCCGUCCCCAGUUUGAAUCUCUUAAGUCAAAUCCUAAAGGACCCCUCAAUAGAUUCCGAUUUACUUGUGUCUCUUUAUAAAGCCGACCGCAUACAAAAUACUUUUGAAUGCGAAGAAGAAAUAGGUGCUUCAGUGUCAGAAACGCAAUACGCAAAUAAAAUAAAUUUUAAUAUAAACUGCUUGGAAAAUAAUUCCAUAGAGAAAAAAUCUUUUAUGAAAAUAUUGCAGGCUGAUAAUACACAGUUCCAAAACUUUAACUGGACACACCAAAUUCCAGAUUACAUAAAUUAUACAACUAAUAAUGGUAAUUUAAAGAAAGCAAGUGAGUCUAACAUCCUUACAGAUGUGGAUCAUCUCAACCAUCAAUCACCUCUGCAAAAACCGCACAACAUGUCAACGUCGCAGUCUAUUUCGAGUGUAAACCAUCAGUUGCAACCUUCACAAAAGAAUCAGCCAAUGCAUUUUGGCAACCUUGGUUGUUAUAUACAAACAAUUAAUAUUGCAAACAAUUCUACUUGUUCAGGCAACACGAGUACAAGUGGUUUGACUCAUAAAAAGCAUAGUAACUCUAAUACACAAAACACCAGUAUAUUGACCAGUAUGGCUCGAUCUUGUUCAUCGGCUUCAUCAACUGCGUCAUCGAAAAGUGCAAAUAACAGUGGUUGUGGUAGCAGCAGCCGACCAGAACUUAUUAAUAUUUGGAAAACUUUGGGCGAUUCCAUUGAUAUGGAUGAAGGAAUUGGAGAUUCCCCGAAUAUUUGGACUUUACCUCCACCAUUGGCGACAUUAACAGGGUCUAAUUGUUCCCCAUCAACUUCAAUAAGUCCGACUGAUUCACUUUUGGGCGAUAUUUCUGCACAUAUCCACCUAAACAAUAUUGGCAUUAAUAACGUAAUAAACGAAUCACAUCACGAGACAGAUAAUACUAAAAAUGUAUUACAGCAACGCCAAUUUAAAAGUGAGGAUGGAAUACAAUGUCCAGUUAAUAAUUUAACGAAUCAACGACGUGAUUGUUUGAUCUGUAAAAGUAAGAAAAUAACUGCUGUUUUGGUUCCAUGCGGUCACAAUAUGUUCUGUAUGGAAUGUGCCAAUUGCAUCUGCGAAUUAGGUGAUGCAGUUUGUCCCGUUUGCAGUUUAAGCGUUUACCAUGCUAUGCGAAUACUAGCAUAAGAAUGUACACGCCGAAGAACAGAUUAAUAGAAUUCCAUCACCAAUGGAAUUUCUUGAACAGUCUACUGGAUUCGUUUUGAGAUGUUAAUCCACUAAUUACUUGGCAGUGGUAGUAGAUUCUCGAUGUUGAUUGGUGAUUUGGUGGUUUCACACUGUUUUCUAUGUAAGUGUCUCCUCGACACAUCUAACUAUUAAAUGGCUCCAUAACACACUACACUUUCUCCUUUCCAAACAGUUUUCUUGAUUUUAUAUUUAGUGUUAAUUAUAUAAUAUAUCGAUAUUUUACUAUUUUUACAGAAUCAUGGAAAAUUCACUACCUAUUUACAAUAUUCUUUGGGCAACCAACUAAGUUGCCGCCGAAAUUGUUCUAAUGCUCUAUGCAAUUUAGCUGUUCUAUGAGCUCCGUUAAAUGUUGGAUUUUGUUCUUAUGUAUAAUGGUUUGUUCACCUAGCCGUUGUUUUCAUCGACUAAAAACUAAUCGACAUAG